CUGCGCCCGGCGGGGAACACGACGAGGGUCUGGCCUGUGCGGGGGCCUCCCUCAGCCGGGGACCCUCUGGGCGCCGUGCGCGCGCGGACUCAGCGGCAAGAGGCCUCGAGCUGGGUCCACCGACAGCCCGGGCUGUGCGUCCCUGGAGGGUGUGACGGGGCUGCGGCUGAGUAGCCUGAGAAGUGCUGUCUAGUAACGACUACAUCCACAGCUCGCAGGCGCAGAUAUUAAUAGGAGACCAUAUUACCACAUGUCUUUCUCCAUCAGUGUACGAUAUGAUUUGUAAGCUUGGGUUUGAAGUCAGAGAAAACUGUGAUAUCAAUAGCAUUGUAACUCAGAAUGGUGAAGUAUGCUGGAAGACAAUCACAGACUGUGUGAGCUAUACAGAAUCAGACCAGGGUCUGGACUACUGGGGAAGCGUGAGGAUGCUGGGCCCUGUGUGUGAGGCUGUCCAUUUACAUCUCUUAUCUCUGACCAAGGGGCAGUUUGAAAUUCGAUAUGCACCGUGGCUCCAGUGGACGAGUUUUCCAGAGUUAUUUUCUGAAAUAUUUGACUCCUUGGAAAGUCAGCAGUCUCCUGCUAUUUCUCUUAGCUUGAUGAAACUGACAUCCUGUCUGGAACGAGCCCUGGGGGACGUAUUUUUACUGAUUGGGAAGGAAUGCCCUUUUCUUUUGAGAGAUCUACUUGCAUCUGAGGAGCUUGCUCAGGUCUUUGGGCAGUCUGUGAUGAACAUACUGAAAGUCUUCGUUGGCUCUCCGUGUGGACUCAACCUACGCAACACCUUAUGGCAUGGCUUCGCAUCACCUCAAGAAAUUCCUCCAAAAUAUUGUUCAAUGAUGGUAUUGUUGCUAGCAGGAUUAGGUCAAUUACUAAAGAGUUACCUUCAGCAAACUAAAUCUACACUGGCACGUCGAUCUUUCGUAACUCUCACAAACUUGGAGGAUUUGAUCUUUUUUCCUGAUGUUAAUAAUGAGGUACUUUCAGCAUUAGAAGAACUGAUGAUGAAAUCCACUUUCAUACUAAAAAUCAUGUUACCAUAUUGGGAAAUCGCACUGAUCAAGUUCAAGUCGCGCAGGUUUGCUGACUGUGCCAUAUUGUUACUGACACAGUUAGAGACUGGACUUAGGAGAGUUUUUGCCAGAGUUAACAAAUGUCCAGAAAGACUCCUGACCGCUGAGUCAACAGCUCUUUAUACCACCUUUGAUGAAAUAUUGGCAAAACACUUGAGUGAUGGUAAAAUCAAUCAACUUCCUCUUUUUCUUGGAGAGCCUGCUAUGGAAUUUCUCUGGGAUUUCCUGAACCAUCAGGAGGGUCCCCGCCUAAGAGAUCAUUUAAGCCAUGGGGAGAUCAACUUACAUGAAUUUCCAAAAGAAGCAGCAAAUCAGUUGCUUGCAUUUUCCACUGUACUUUUACUAAGAUUCAUUGAUGAAGAUCUGCUAUCAGUUUUUAAGGAAAAAACAGCAAUAAAAUUAUUAAUUAGUCUUGCAGAAGGAUAUAAUUCUCGCUGUCAUCCAGUUUCUCAGCUUAAAAAACAGGUGCUGAGCUGUGAGGAGAGCAUCAGGGUUUGGUCUGUGCUGCCUUUGCCUGAAGGACCCGCUGGAGAAGCGGCCAGAUUGGAAAGUAAUUCAGAAACAAGUUCCUGCAACUCAUUAAUUACAAAGAUUAUGUACGAGCUGAGUCAGCACCUUCCUGGGCACCAUUGUGUCUUUAAUGACUUGGAUGAUUUUCCCACUGAGAAGUGGCCUGAGCUGCUCGGUGCACUCUGCAGCACACCUGUCACUACUCUGUUCUGCCCCAGAAGCGUUCUCGAGGUACUUGCUGUGCUCCGAAGCAUCAGCGCACAGUGCCUGCGUGUGUCUGGCCAGGUCAUCACCACCUUGGAGCUGCGGCACCGGCAGUGGUUGGAGAGGAGUCUGAGGUCUCGCCAGCGACAGAACUACCUGCGCAUGCUAAGAGGUAUUAGGCUUCUGUCUCCUGUGCUUUUCCUGAUUUUAUUGCUCAUUGCACUGGAAUUGGUCAACGUUCAUGUUGUUCAUGGAAAACGUACUUAUGAAUAUCAGCAGUAUCUAAAGUUCUUAAAGUCAAUCUUGCAGUACACCGAGAACCUGGUGGUUUACACCAGCCAAGAAAAGAACAGAUGGAAUGAAGCUAUCAAUCUUACACGUUCUGCUUUGUUGAAAAUUUGGACUUUUAGUGAGAAGAAGCAAAUGUUAAUACAUUUAGCCAAGAAAUCCACAAGUAAAGUAGCCUUAUGAAAACAUAAGUCAGGGGUGCUUUGGCUAUAAUAGAAAAUCCAACUUAAAUAAAUUAUAACAGUAUGUAAAUUGAAACUGCAGUGGUGGGGUGGGUUUCAGGCUCUGUUUGAUCAGGGUUCAAGUUCUGUUCCUCUGUGGUGUUCUGAUGUGCUCUUCCUGAGGUGUCUGGGUGACCGUCAGGCUGGUGUCUCUGGGUAACCAAAGGGCAGCAGCUGUUUUUGUUUCCAUCUCCCUGUAACAUGCUGUCCAGAAGAAGGGAGAGCUGUCUCCCCCCACCCGUCCCCCGGGAAUGCUCCCCCAGGAAUACGUGCCUUCACCCUUAUUGGCUACACCCCUACCCUGGGGCAGGGAGGAGGGGCUUGGGCCGGUCAUGGCUCAUACCUGGAGCUGAGCGUAGGUUGAUACAAUGCAGAUCCCAUGGGUGAGCCCUCAGGAAGGACAGCUCCUGAAAGGUGAGAUGGGUGGGCCCUGGGUACUGGGCAGCAGGUCUUCCAGUCAGCGUUUGGAAAGAAAAGCCAGAAGCCCUUUUGUGUUUCUAGAUGAGGACAGCCUAGUACAGAAACUGGGAGAGUUGGAGGAGAGGAGCUCAGUGAAGCUCCACUUGUAGGCUCAGCUUGAAGAACCAAAGCCAUCAGCUCUCAGGCCACUGCCGUGCUCCAGGGCAUCUGCAAAGCGCCCACUGUCUGUCUCAGUUGGCUGCAGCAAAGCUGGGCAUUGUCCUGAGCCCCACAUCUGUGCAUGCGUUUGGCCACACCCAGACUCAGUGACAUGGCUUCUUCUCCACCUUUUACACCUCCCAGCAGGGUGUGGCCUGCAACCAAGGAAGGACAUUCAGCAGCGUGCAUUCCAGCUAGGGGAGACCUUCUGCGGAGGGCACGUUUGGCAGCAGACAGUCCUUUUUCAGCUCAAACCCUUCUCCCCUUUCAAACUAAACUUCUGUGUAAGAGUGAAAACAUUGUGCUUCUGGCUAAUGUGAUUCAACUUUCUUCUGUACAACUGAAGAUUGUUCAUCGUCUUCCCAGAAGUGGAGACACAGAAUCCCAGAAACACGUGUCAGUGUUUCCACCUGGGGGUGUUCUUUUAUAGCACAGCCACGCUUCCCUCUGACACACUCUCACCAAAAUAAUGAGUUACGGGAUUAACCCAGAUCAACUCUCCUGAUACAGUGCUGGGAGGGGAAAGGGAGUCACAAGAACUGACACAGAUACAAGUAAAUACCAGAGCAAUGAAAGCA